AUCUUGAAUAUUAUUUUUUUAUUAUCCAAAAGAGCAUUGCAUUGGGUGGGGAAGCGCGCCGUAAACGUCGUCGAAAAGUGUUUGUGAAUAUUAAGUUAGAAUACUUGAAUCAGCAAUGAGUCAAAGCGUGGCACAGUCCAACUCCCAGAAACUAUAUUCUUCAGUUCUCCGCAACACCUCGCAACAAGAGGGCAACAACUAUAACCAAGCAGUUCAUAGAGGAAACGGGAGAUACUCGGCUUCUUCCAAUUGGAGCAACCAUAGUCAGCAAAGAUUUCGUGCCACACCGGAAACUAACAGUCAACAAGCAUAUCUGAAAAAGAAUAGCUUAGAGUCUCAACCCAUUUAUGCUUCGGGCUCAACCCCCAAUAGUACGCAACCUCAACUUUCCACCCAAGACUGGAAAAGUGCACUUCAGUUACCUCCAAAAGACGCAAGGUUUAAGACAGAGGACGUAACUGCAACCAAGGGAAACGAUUUUGAAGACUAUUAUCUGAAGAGGGAGCUGUUGAUGGGUAUCUUUGAAAUGGGCUUUGAGAAGCCAAGUCCCAUACAGGAAGAAGCAAUUCCUGUGGCCUUAGCGGGGAGAGAUAUUUUAGCAAGAGCCAAAAAUGGAACAGGCAAAACAGCAGCUUAUUUGAUUCCCGUCUUAGAACGAGUGGACCCCAAGAGAAAUAGUAUUCAAGCCCUCGUGUUGGUUCCCACUCGAGAACUAGCUUUACAAACAGCUCACGUAUGUAAGCAACUAGGGAAAAGAAUUGAUCAACUUCAAGUUAUGUCUUCAACUGGAGGAACGUCAUUAAGAGACGAUAUACUAAGACUUUAUAAUCCAGUUCACAUACUCGUGGCAACACCUGGUAGAGUAUUGGACUUGGCUGAACGGGGAGUAUGUAAACUCAACGAGUGCAAGAUGGUGGUAUUGGAUGAAGCCGACAAAUUGCUUUCUAUGGAAUUUACUUCAGUUUUGGAACGGUUGAUUGAAAGAUUUCUGCCAACCAAUCGUCAACUGAUGCUGUUUUCGGCCACUUUUCCAAUUACUGUGAAAGCUUUUCGUGACCGAUUUCAGCGGAAACCUUAUGAACUCAAUUUGAUGGACGAACUGACAUUGAAAGGAGUAACACAAUAUUAUGCUUAUGUUGAAGAAAACAAGAAAGUUGCUUGCUUGAAUGCAAUAUUUUCAAAGUUGCAGAUCAAUCAAUCGAUAAUAUUUUGCAAUUCAGUUAAUCGUGUAAAGUUGCUAGCUAAGAAGAUAACCGAAUUAGGUUAUUCAUGUUUUUAUGUUCAUGCUCGUAUGGCACAAGAGGAUCGAAACCGUGUUUUCCAUGAUUUUAGGAAUGGUGCCUGUCGUAAUUUGGUUUGUUCCGACCUUUUUACAAGAGGCAUAGAUAUCCAAGCGGUUAAUGUCGUAAUCAACUUUGAUUUUCCGAAGAACAGUGAAACCUAUCUGCAUCGUGUUGGACGUUCAGGAAGAUUUGGUCACAGAGGACUUGCAAUUAGCAUGAUUACUCAUGACGACCGAUUGAAUCUAUAUAAGAUAGAGCAAGAAUUGGCUACGGAGAUCGCACCCUUUCCUGCGCAUGUGGACAAGAGCCUUUAUUGUGAAUGAAGUUUUUGUUGAAGAAGACGUAGUGUACAGCGCCCAUCAUAACAUGCACAUGAAUAUGUAUGUAACUCUAUGUAUGUAUACGCAUAUACAUAUACAUAUAUAUUUGUGUGUGUAAGUGUUUGUGAUGGUUUGUGUUUCUUGUGAGUCAGUUGUGUUUCUCUUUGUGUCUUUUGUGUGUCUGUGUGUGUUGAAGUUUCUGCAAAUGGAUAGGGGGGACUCCUAAUAGGGUUCUAUUUUGCAUCUCUAGUGUCUUCACAACGGAAGGCUCUUUUCUUCAACCAACGUAUGCUCUUGACGGUAACAAAAAUAGGUGGCAUACCCUUGGUGUAAAAUUGUAACUGUUCAACUACUAAAAAAUAAAAAAGAGGUUGUUUGUUAGAAUGUACAAAACAUUUUAAUAAACAACUUCACCAAAAAAGAUUUUUAUUCCCAAACUACUAGAAGAUCCUUCCUUGGCACAUAUCUUGUUUUCUCAUGGCACCCUCGGUCUCUUUGUAUGAUGACGGCGCAUUUGGACAAAUCAGAGAAAUUUCUCGAAUCCAUUGGCUGAGGAAAUGAAAAAAAUUGCUGCUUG